UGCGUGUCGGGAAAGCGGCGGACCCCGACGGAGGGAGGACGCCAUGGUGGGUGGCGAGGCGGCUGCCGCGGUGGAGGAGCUGGUUUCGGGGGUGCGGCAGGCCACGGACUUCGCGGAGCAGUUCCGCUCGUACUCGGAGAGCGAGAAGCAAUGGAAAGCCCGCAUGGAAUUCAUCCUGCGCCACCUCGCCGACUACCGCGAUCCUCCCGACGGCGGCGGCCGCCUGGACCAGCUGCUCGCCCUCUCCAUGGUCUGGGCCAAUCACCUCUUCCUGGGUUGCAGUUACAAGAAAGACCUUAUAGACAAGGUGAUGGAGAUGGCUGAUGGGAUUGAAGUGCAAGACCUCCCACAGUUUACUACCCGGAGUGAAUUAAUGAAAAAGCAUCAAAACUAAGACAGAAGAUUCUUCAUAUUUCCAUCAUCGCUCAAGGCUUCCAGAAGAGGCUGGGAUGAAUGGGACUUGGACCACAGUAGCAUUUUUCAUACUCCCGGUGUUACCAACGUGCAGGAAAGGACAGACACAAUAGGAAUGAAAAGGAAUCUUGCUUAAAGAA